UAUUUAUAGACAUAGUAUAUAUAGAUAUACUAUGUCUAUGGUUAUAUUUGUUUGUUCGCUUGCACUUUCUGCGUUCUGUAUUCGGAUUCUUCGCUUUCUUUCCAAUGCACAAAUAUGACAGGACACUUGACUGAUUUCAAAUGCAGAUACAUAGAGACAACGAGGAUGUAUGCAGAUGUAUAGAUUGUGGACAUGUCGCAGUUAGUCGAGCUAUAACCUCUCUAUGAUAUUGUGAUUGGGAUUACUGAUUAAAAACAUCAAACAUACAAUAAGAUGUAUUUGGCUGCGCAAGAAUUGCGUGGGCGUAUUUAUCGUAUUUCUUUCUUGUAGUUCGAGAAGAAUGAUAGAAUAAUAUUAGAGACGGCAAUUUUUUUUAACCUUAAUUAAUUAAAAUGUGGAAACAGUCCAAAUUGUUAUGCAAUAGAUGCGCGUCGCAGAAGAGCAGAGUCUUAUCUCGUAAUCAUAAAACAGCGGAAGUAGUCACGAAACUCGCCAAUGUAACAACGGAAAACUCGGAAUAUGUACUUCCUAAAGAAGCGCGAGUUGUCAUAUGUGGAGGUGGAGUUAUGGGUGGUGCUGUGGCAUACCAUUUAUCUCUUUUAGGAUUAGGACCGGAGACUGUCUUAGUAGAAAGCGGCAGACUGGGAGGUGGAACAACAUGGCAUACUUCUGGAUUAGUAGGGGCCUUCAAACCUAGUCUAGCGCAAGUAAAACUUGCUCAAGAUAGUAUUGCCCUAUAUAAGGAAUUGGAGAAGAAAGAUCUCUCGACAGGCUGGAAGCAAUGCGGCAGUCUUUCUUUGGCACGAACGAGAGAUCGUAUGAUCUCGUUCAGGAGAAUGAAGGCACAAUCUGUGUCACGCGAUAUCGAAUGCCACUUGGUUUCCCCGAAAGAAAUUCAGGAUCUAUGUCCAUUGUUGCACAUUGACGAUCUAGUUGGAGGAUUAUGGAUUCCGAAAGAUGGUGUUGGUGAUCCGUAUCAGAUUUGUCUGACACUGAUUCAAGAAGCAAAACAAAGAGGUGUUACAGUAUUUGAGAAUUGUGCAGUCACUAAAGUUAUUAAUCAGAGUGGCCAAGUAAAAGCAGUGGAGACAACACACGGUGCCAUAGCAUGCCAACAUUUCGUAAAUUGUGCUGGAUUUUGGGCACGGAAUGUGGGUAAACUAAGCGAGCCAUAUGUGAAGGUACCUCUUCAUUCAGUAGAACAUUAUUAUUUACACACUAAACCUAUUGCUAAUUUAGAUCCGAUGACACCGGUUAUACGAGACUUAGAUGGAUAUAUCUAUUUUCGAGAGAACAACGGGCGAUUGUUAGCCGGUGGCUUCGAGCCAGUCGCGAAACCAGCAUUUGAGGAUGGCGUGAUUCCCGAAAGCACAGACAAGCGAUUUUUACCAGAAGAUUGGGAUCACUUUCACACUUUGUUGGAACAGAUGUUACAUCGAAUCCCUAGCUUGGGAAACGCAGUCCUGGAGAGACUCUGCAAUGGGCCCGAAGCGUUCUCCCCGGAUUGCAGAUGGAUCGUAGGAGAGGCUCCGGAAAUACGUAAUUAUUACAUCGCUGCCGGAAUGAAAACAGUCGGAAUAUCCGCUGCCGGUGGAGUCGGUCGUGCUACGGCGGAAUUGAUAGUCAAUGGAUCGACCUCGUUAGAUAUGUACGAAUUAGACGUCUCGCGUUUCCUCGGACUGCACAACAAUCGCAAGUUUUUACGAGAUCGAGUGCGAGAGGUGCCCGGAAUGCAUUACGCGCUGCAGUAUCCGUAUCUCGAAUUCAAAACCGGAAGGAACCUGAGAAUGUCGCCGAUCUAUCCGAAGCUCAGAGAUGCGGGCGCCGUUUUCGGUCAGGUCAUGGGUUACGAGAGACCGUCCUGGUUCCAGUCGGACGACGACUGCGAUCUGGAAUUCCCCGACGGUUUUCAAAGAUAUAAAAUAGCUUAUACGAAUACCUUCGGUAAGCCUCCUUGGUUCGACGCGGUCGCGCAAGAAUACGCCGCUUGCAGAGAAGCGAUCGGUCUGAGCGACUAUUCCUCCUUCACGAAGAUCGACUUAUGGUCGAACGACAUGGAAGUCGUGGAUCUGUUGCAGUACUUGUGUUCGAACGACGUUGAUGUACCCGUGGGAAGUAUUAUCCAUACUGGUAUGCAGAAUUAUCAGGGCGGUUAUGAAAAUGAUUGUAGUUUAGCGCGAAUCGCACCGAAUCAUUACAUGAUGAUCGCCCCGACUAUACAACAAACACGUUGCAAAAAUUGGAUACAUCGGCAUUUGCCGGCGGACGGUUCUGUUGCCGUAUCUGAUGUUACAUCGGCAUACACCGCAAUUUGCAUAAUGGGUCCGGCUACCAGAAAACUAUUAACCGAAUUGACAGACGUAGAUUUAAAUCCAAAAAACUUUCCGUUCUUUACAUUUAAGGAAUUGGAUGUUGGACUUGCCAAUGGCAUUCGUACGAUGAAUCUAACGCAUACCGGAGAACUUGGCUACGUUUUGUAUAUUCCAAACGAAUUUGCGCUGCACGUUUAUACAAGGCUUAUAGAGGCCGGGGCAAAGUAUGGGGUGAAACAUGCUGGUUAUUACGCGACGAGGGCUUUACGCGUCGAAAAGUUUUAUGCAUUUUGGGGGCAAGACUUGGAUACCUUCACCACUCCUUUGGAAUGCGGAAGAUCAUGGAGGGUGAAAUUCGAUAAAGGAGUCGACUUUAUCGGCAGACACGCUCUUCUGAGACAGCGCGAACAAGGAGUCAAGCGCAAAUAUGUGCAAUUAUUAUUAAACGAUCACGAUCCCGAGUUCGAUACUUGGAGCUGGGGCGGUGAGCCUAUUUAUCGAAACGGAAAAUAUUGCGGAAUGACAACGACCACGGGUUACGGAUUCACCUUUAAAAAACAAGUAUGUCUUGGAUUCGUGCAAAAUUUAGACUCGAAAGGUCAGCCGCAAGAAGUGACGAACGAAUACGUGUUAUCGGGCGAUUACGAGGUGAACGUCGCGGGCAUCAUGUAUCCCGCCAAGUGUCACUUGCACAGCCCGAAUCUACCGACCAAGUUCCCCGAUAAAGAGAGAGACGCUUAUCAUGCUACGCGCGAUCAGCAAUCUUUGUAAUCCGUAAAACGAUAAACGUUUUAAAUAUGUGUACAAACGAUGUAUAUAGCAAAAGAUUUAAUAAAAUUGUUUAAUAAUGCGAAUAAUCGCUCGUAAAAAUCGCUACAUCAAGAGAUCUAAAGAUCACAGUAGAGAUUCUUUGGGACAAAGGAUCGUGUAAAUAAAUUGGGUCCGUUAUCCAAUUCUCUGUCUCUCUCUCUCUCUCUCUCUCUCGUUGUGUAUCUACUCUAAUUCUUGAAAAAAUCACACAUAUAUACUAGUAUUUUAGACUAUAUGUCACAGGUUUUGAAAUGUAUCGUGUAUACACUUAUAUAUAAACAAUAUUGUUCCUUCUAAAAUGUAUAUUCCUCCUAUAAAUAUUAAUCUCUCAUUGUGCAACAUGCUAUUUCUCUGUGUAUGUAUCAUGUAUUCACUCGAAAACACAAUCAUAAUUAAUCGUACAUGCGCGCACGCGAGAAAUGUCUAUUGUAAUUGCAUUUGCUGAACACUAUUUGUUAUUUGUGUGAACUCUUAUUUUAUCACGAUACGCUUUAUUAUGUAUAUACUGACAUCUUUGCGUUUUGUGUUCACAAAACAUCAUAUAUGUAUAAUACACAGUGUGAAAUACAUUGCUCAAAAGA